GAGAGAGAGAGAUGCUUCCUUCACUUAAAGAGGAGGGACUAGACCAGAGCGGGUUAAUGUCCCUGUGAGUUCAGGGAGAGCGGCAUAGCGCAACAUCUACGCCGCUGACUCCGCUCAGACCGGUCAGACUCCGCGCUGUCUCCGCAGGGUCUCCUCACCUCUCCACGAACCCCCUCCGGCCUGUCCACGAGGUUUCUCCACUUUCCCCCUGGCUCUUUCUCCACGGUGUCUCCAGGCGCGCAGCGCAGCCGCUUUUUGCGCACGGACACUUCUCCACAUUCCCGCUGCGCUCCGCUUGUCAUUUCACCUCUGAAGACUCCCGAGCGUCAGCCGCAACCCCGGGCUACUGUACUUUCUCCUUUUCAGGUUCAGUAAUUAGUUUCGUGUUGAGCUCUGACUGAAGAACAAUGUUAUUCUGGCUCGUGGGGAUUUAGUGCCGUGGCAUGCUUUCAGGACCCGGCGUCUCCACACGGAAAUGGGACUCUCUGCAUUUAUGGUUACAUGAAUGUCAGCGCUGCAGGCCAGAUGCCGGUGAUGGAGGAGCUUGUCAGUGAGAGUGACAGCAUGCCAAAGCGGAUUGCUCUGAUCUGCUUCCUGUCUCUGGUCAUGCUGAUGAGCAUUCUGGGAAACCUGCUGGUCAUGGUGGCCGUUUGCAAGGACAGACAACUCAGGAAAAUCAAGACCAACUACUUCAUCGUGUCUCUGGCGUUUGCCGACUUGCUGGUGUCUGUGCUGGUGAUGCCAUUUGGUGCCAUCGAGUUGGUCCACCAGCACUGGAUCUAUGGUGAGACCUUCUGCCUGGUCCGGACCUCGUUGGAUGUCCUGCUGACCACCGCGUCCAUAAUGCACCUGUGCUGCAUCGCCCUGGACAGGUACUACGCUAUCUGCUGCCAGCCUCUGGUCUACCGGAACAAAAUGACACCCAUGCGAGUGGCUCUAAUGAUUGGCGGCUGCUGGGUUAUUCCCACCUUCAUCUCUUUCCUGCCCAUAAUGCAGGGUUGGAACAGCAUCGGCAUCAGCCAUGUGAUUGAGGAGAGGCGCCACAGCGAGGGCAGCAACUCCACGUCCUGUGUCUUCAUGGUCAACAAGCCAUACGCCCUCACCUGCUCUGUGGUGGCCUUCUACAUCCCUCUGGUCCUUAUGGUGCUGGCCUACCAGAGGAUCUAUGUUACGGCCCGUGCGCACGCCCUGCAGAUCAGCAUGCUGCAGCGGGCGGGAGGAGCCGGUACCAGCACACCGGGUACUUCUGGGGUCGGUGCCGGCACAGACUCUGCUGACCAUCAACGCAACCACCGUAUGCGAACAGAAACUAAGGCAGCAAAGACUCUGUGCAUCAUUAUGGGGUGUUUCUGCCUCUGCUGGGCGCCGUUCUUCAUCACCAAUGUGGUGGACCCUUUUAUAGACUACACAGUGCCAGACAAGCUGUGGGCGGCCUGCCUGUGGCUGGGCUACAUCAACUCCAUGCUGAACCCUAUCCUCUACGCCUUCCUCAACAAGUCCUUCCGCCGUGCCUUCCUCAUCAUCCUGUGCUGUGGGAGGAAGAGGUACCGCAGGCCGUCCAUCCUGGGGUCCGGCGCUCCCUGUACAGCCACGCAGAUCAAUGGCUCCACACAUGUACUCAACAGUGUACUUCUGAAGUCAGCUGAGCUCAACAUAAAACUACAAAUUGGUAUUCUGUCCUUCACAACGGGAACCACACAGAGCAGGAGAAGAAGUCUCUGCACACCGACACAGAGUCCCACGAGUCCUGCUUGUGACCAACAACGACUCCUCAGUCACAUCUUCAACAACCUCGCACUCACACUGUCACCACAGAGUCGAUGGAAACACACUACAGCCUCCACACAUCCGGAGCUGAAAUCUAACGCAGAUGCUACAAAUCCAGCAGGGCUCCAACAACCAGAACCCUGAUGGGACUUUAGAGAUCCAGACGAGGAAUGUGACAUUGCAAGGGGUUCACCUUGUUUCAGAGUUCUGCCAAAACUCAACCUGUGGUCUUUAAAGGUGAAAGGGAUCCUAGUGGACUGGAACAAAAUCAGUUCUCUAUCUUUGUGAUGUUUCUGUCAUGCUGGUUCUCCCGUCUGCAGGCCCACAGAGACUGAGCUGUCCAAGUCGAACUGAAUCAGAGCCAGACUGCAACUACGAUCCCAUCAGCAGACCUGCUGGUAGCAAUCUGUGAAGUCCAGCUUGUCUUGUGGAGAACCGGCAGCUUCGGUGGAAUGUGUAGGAGAAUUUCAUAGCACGAGAUGUGAUUAAUCACUGGGAGUCAUGGAAGUGAAUUAUGUUGCCAAAGCUAUUUGAUAUUUCAUACAGAGGACCUAUUUCUGAUUAUUAUAUGAUGCUCCCUGUUGUUUUCCAGUACAAAAUCAGAAAGAUUGACAAUGGAUUUUAGCAGGUUGUUCCUUGUAAAAAGAACAUAAUAUGUUGGCAAAAUGAGCUCUUAAAACAAGUGUUAUUCACAAAAAGAGGCAGAGCUGAGAACAAUAUUUCUUUUGCUAAACAUCACAUGUUAAACAUCAUGUGACAGACACAAAGCCGAGGAACCUGUAUGUCUCCCAAGUCGAAGCUUUCCAGCUUUGCUAAAUCCUCACUAAGCUGAAAGGAAAAUGUGGUUGCAAGGCUGCGUUAAAUCCUUGACCUAAACUGUCGAAGUGCAUUAUUAUAAAGGCUGCUAGCUCACACCCUAUGUUCAUCACUCCACGCUCCAUCUGAAUCCUUGUUUUCCAUGCAAUAAGACGUUAGAGGAGUACAACGCAUAAAAGCUGCUCAUGAAUGAUUCAACAUGCAUUGUGAUGAUGUGCAUGGUUAUGGUGUGUGUGUGUGAUUACAUUUGCAGGUUUUUGCAGUCUGUAUGCGUCUGAAUGUGUAUUUCCAUGGUGAUGCAUGAUUUCUUAUAAGUGUGCUUCUGAGUGUGUAUGUACAAUGUGUGCUGUUAGUAUAUAUAUAUGAAACGCCCUUUUCCCAUCAUCCCACGCUGUGUUGCCCCCGCUCUAUCUCAACACGCCAUUUAUUCCCUCCGUCUCUGCUCGCCUUGGAGGCCGUAUUAAAGAAUGUACCAGAAAUGUUUCCAUUUGUUUAUAUUAAUGGAAACAGAGAACACUAAAGCCAACUUUUUACCUGUAUCCAUAAUGCAAACGUGUCCUUUUUUAUAGUUAUAGUUAUUAUAAGUAAAAUAUAGUUAAUUCCCUCUCAUUCCCAUGCAGACUGUCCUCUCUCUGUGUCUUCCAGUCCUCCAGUUGUGGCUUACAGCAUAAAUCUUUAUUCAAAAGGCCACUCACUGGUCCCCACAGUUAGUCAUUAGUCACCAAAUAAGCUCUAUUAAACCCACUGUACACUACCUGCCCAGCACCAAACAGCAGAUAAAGUUAGCAACUAGCUGGCAAAAAAAGUGGAACAUCUAGAGCCAGAUCAUUUUCUCAGGAGUUGGUGGAGACCAAACCAGAUCUAAAAAGAGAGUGAAUAUUGGACUUACAUUCAUCAGGUGGCGAGAAAUACAAUUUCAAUGCGAUGAUAAUGUUGCUCUGUGUCUGCUGGAUGUGCACGCUACUGAUUGCCAGGCUUGCUUGUUGUCAGAUAGACCCCAGAUUACCAUUUACUCCUUUUGGUUUAUGGUUUGGUGUUUCUCAUGUUAAAAACCAACCGCUGACCAACUUUCUAUGGAUCAUACGCAUGAUUCUGCGACAUUUUUUGCUGUCCGUUGACAGCAAUGCAUCUCCAAAUUUAGUGAGUGUCAGUUUGUAGACCAACAAUGUAUUAUUAAAGUUGACAUUUUGGAAACACAGUUUUCAGAGGACAGGUAUAAAAUACAAACAGUGAACAUCAUGUCUUCCAGAGUCAAAGCAGACACAGAAACUGAAGUGAACCUUCUAAAAAUGGUUGCAUAGGAACAAACACAGCCCUCUCAAAUCAGUUAAUCAGAUGAAAACACAGUUGAGCACUGAUUCACGGGCACAAAGAAAUGCCUAAAAGCUCUUGACUGGAAUCACUGGGCAGGCGAGGUAAUUACAAAUCCCUGCAGAGACAGGCCCAUUGACCCAGUUUAGCAAGUCACGGUUCAGAGGAAAUAUCCAAUCCAAGUUGAAACUUCGUAAAUGACACCAUCUCUCACGUUACUCCAGAUACAUAAAUAUGAGAGAGUGAGGGGAGCAUGAGCUGGUUCAGUCAGACCAUCAGACAUGAUGUACACUUUACUAUAGUUCGGUCCACUUCAGUUCACUUCAAUUCUUUACCAUCAUGCCAUUUAAAUCUAUGUUAUGAUUUUUUUUUUUUAAAGGACCAUGAACAAUAUUCAACAUAAAUGUUGCCAAUGCCAGUUUAUGUAUUGUACCAGCAUUAACUUAGAGAUCGUUUCCAUCUGCAGGCAACUGUUUAUCAUGCUGAAGUGCCCUUGUUCAAGACAUGAAUAUACAUGAGUUUUUAAGAAAUACUUUAUCUAAAAUCUAUCUUUUGAGUUUCAUUCACCUUCUGUAGGCUUGAACUGCAGUAAGAAGUUUGUAGUUUGUUAUUGUUUCGGCUAGAAUGGUGUUUCACACUGGACUCAAAGUAUCAAAAUGUCCACAGAAAUUUCUCAAACCAUUCCUCCAGCAGAAUCCAGUUCUCCGCUGUCCAUCUGUAUUCUCAGUAUGUUCCAAAGUGUCUUUUUUUCCCCCCAAAAUAUGGUGAUAGUGACACCGGAGCAGUAUAUUUACCCAAUGUUUGCAACUGAAACAUACUUAGAUACGGAUCAACGACAGAAAAGUGGAAUAUGCUGCUGGAGUGGUUUGGACGUUUUGAUACAUUUUCCUGCUAUGGAAAUUGGUCACAAUUGGAAUUGGAAUUGGACUGCUUUUAAAGCACACUAGUGGUAUGUUUGAAUAUUUGGGAUGGCGAAUCCCUUUAAAGCUCAUAGGCAUUCAGUGUUUUAGUCAAGGACACCUCAGCAUGGUGAAUGGUGCCAUAGUGGUGGCUUAAAAUUGGACCUGUAAACAAAGGACAAAUGCCCUCACAAAAGCAUUUUGUCUAGUGGACAGAGUUCUGGUAGCCUGACAUCCCACCAAGUUUGGGUCUACAGUGUUUGAAAGGGGGAGUCAAAACAAAUGUAUUCAAAUAAAGUGUUGUUCAUUUGGUUUUUACACCAGUUAAUAAAAAGACACACGGAAAUAGCUGCUUGAUCCCAGACAGUAGUUAGUCCUAAAUCCAUGGUGUUACACUCAACUUUCCAAGCAUGAAAAAUGGUGAGCUAUCAGAUGUCAAAAUUUUUCCCCAUCUACCCAUAAUCCCUUGCAAUUUCAGGUCAUUUCCUGUAGUUGGUUCAGAUGAUGUUCUUCACCUCAGUGCUCUUGGAAGAGAGCUAAAGCUUGGUUUUUGCAUUUGAAUAUUAUUUAUUUUCCAAUAUAUGUCCAAUGUUCUUAAUAAUAAUUGAGAUCAUUUAGAUCUAGAUGACCUAUUUUAUUUUUAAACUCUGAUUGUGCAAAUUAUGCAUUAGGACCAGUUGCCAUGUGUUCCCCCUUUGCAAAUCCUGUCAAUUUGUCAGUGCUUAUUUUUAAACUUUUCCAGUGACGGAGAGAAAGUUUUAUAGCAGGUGAUGAAAAAGUAAGAGUGAAGAUUGUAAAACUAAAUCUUUAAUGGCAUUUCUUUUUUCUUAAAAAAUACAAAUAAUGAUUUUUGAUAUUAAAUUAAAGAAGCUCAAAAUUG